AUGUCUUCAGAAGAUAAGGAUUUCAAGGGGCGGUGUAUGUACUGCAACACCGACGUCGGUCGCGACAAAGUCAAGACAUGCGGUCGCUGCCGACUGGUACGUUAUUGCUCCAAGGAAUGUCAGAUCGCGUCGUGGAAAACCCACAAAUUACGAUGCAACCCAAAUCUACGCGAAAGCCUUGCAAGUGACCCAGCCAGUAACGCCCUAAAUACGGCCCUUUCCAAGUGGAUCAAUAACUGGAGGGAUGAAUUGCAUAACUGGGCGAUAUGGGCAAUGGAUCUCGCAAAUAGUCCACCGGACCGACUGGCUACGCAUUGCUUUGUGAUCGAAAUUGAGCGUCGAUCGAAUCCCCCGAGCGCUUCCCAUUUCUUCCGAAUGCAUGGAGGAGGUGUCGAAACUCGAGCAAGUUUCAUUGCACGCUUAGAAGAAAUAAACGAGGCCAGUGAGGAGACCGUUGCAUGUGUAAAUGAGCGCCGGGGCACCGACACUGCUCAAAUUAUUAUCCUCUGUGAGGAUUUAAUUCGAUUCUUAUGGUUCUCUCUCCGAGAUGGUGGUGCAUCUUUGCGGAACCGCGACCCUGCCAUGUCCAAGGCACUUGCUGAGAACUGGCAACAAGGCAUGAUUAGCGCAAUUGAGACUGGCCGUCCCCAAGCAUCCAAGACUCAUCUAGAUAGAGCCGCAAUCAAGGUCAUAGGACCACCUCCCAUAUGA